AUGGUGGCUGCCUUCGUUCCUACAUUUUACCUUGGAAUUGCCUCUUUCCGAUCAUACCACUAUUCGAUCGAGAUCUUGCGCAAGCAGCUGCAGAAUUUUCGACUGGCCGAGACAAAAUGCAACUGUUGCACCGUGGGGCAUGUUGCUCCUGACGGCAGCUCGAUGUCUUGUGACCGUAAGGUCGUGGAGCAGUGUAUUUGUAAUUGGUUUGGCAGCAUUGAAGAGUUUGAGGUCUUCAUCGUGCCCCUGCUUCGCCGCACCUUUGAGAAUGAACUCGGGCAACAUACAUUCCCUUAUGUCUACUUUCUGGUGGUGUUUUGCCCAGUCAUCUGGACAGGCAUGGAUUUGAGUCUGGGCCACCGGUGGGGGCAUUGGUGGAUGUUUCAACUCACCGGCUUUUGGCUCGGUAUCAUGCCAUCGGUGGCGAAAGUUGGCCUUUACCUCUCAAGCUUCUUCUGCAGGCCACUGCCAUGUCGACUGUGCGACAUGCUGCUGAACCUCGUUAUUGUCCUGGUGUUGAAUCUCAUUUGGGCGGCGGCGAUCUUCAUUGCAGCUAUCUUGAAUCCCAAGAAUCCGCACAGGAUGAAGGUCGCGUGGGUUGAUGAGCUCCCCAAGGAUAUGACGAUACGAGCAUUUCUGGUCUUGGUCGCCUUCUGCAUUCCUGCCGUGGUUCUGUUCUUUGUGCCGAUGGUCAUACGUGCCGUGUGCUCACGUCUUGCCCGGCUGACGCGGAACUCUGUCCAGCCCUCGCAACUGCAGGUGCCCAAGAACGGACCCUAA